AUGAGUUCUAAAUCAGACGUCAACAGAAGGGUACUCGCCAUUCAGGCGAAAAAAAAGCGGCAUAAACUUGGUAAGAAGAAAAAUCGUGAAGAGGACCACGGCGCUGGAGGGCAAGGAAAUGGGCUGCGCAAUCAAAAUCAAAAUCGUCUAGAACCAACGCAUAGUUCCUCAAAUGAGACCAUCGAGGAGGACGAAGAUGAACAAUACGCUAGUGAUGACGAGGAACAAGAAGACAGUGCCGACUACUGUAAGGGUGGAUACCAUCCUGUCAAGAUAGGAGAUCUAUUCCUGAACCGCUACCACGUCACCAGGAAAUUAGGAUGGGGUCAUUUUUCUACGGUGUGGUUGUGUUGGGAUCUUGUUGACAAGCGCUUUGUAGCUCUCAAAGUCGUGAAAUCAGCACCUCACUUUACCGAAACUGCUCUAGACGAAAUAAAAAUUCUUAAAGCUGUUCGCGAUAGUGACCCUUCAGAUCCUAAAAGAAAUAAGACGGUUCAAUUGCUUAAUGAUUUUAAAAUUACGGGUGUAAAUGGUACCCAUGUUUGCAUGGUUUUUGAGGUUCUAGGCCACCACCUCCUAAAGUUGAUACUCAAAUCAAACUAUAGAGGUAUUCCACGUGAAAACGUUAAAACUAUUAUAAGACAGGUGUUGGAAGGCUUGGACUAUUUGCAUACCAAAUGUAAGAUUAUUCACACUGAUAUUAAACCUGAAAAUGUGUUGGUUUGUGUUGAUGAAGCAUAUAUUCGUAAGUUAGCAGCAGAAGCAACAGAACUACAUUCCCUUGGUCUGAGGCUUCCUCAUUCCCUGAUAAGUACGGCCCCUAAAGAAUUUCAAGAGCCAGUAGUAACUGCAAAAAUGAGUAGGAAUAAAAAAAAGAAAUUAAAGAAAAAAGCAAAACGCCAAUCAAUGUUACUUAAGAAACAAAUGGAACAAAUUGAGGAAAUGGAAGAACAAAAGAAACUUGAAAAUAACAGUGAAUCUGCUCCUAUGUCUCAGGAUAAUGAUGAUUCACCACAAACACCAGAAGAAGCAAGUGUUAUUGAAACAACACGUUCAGAAAAUGAGACAACUUUGAAUGGUUGCUCUGAUUUACAAAGAGCUGAUGACGAGGCAUUUGACACAGAUGCUGAUGCAGUACAAGUACGGAAUAAACAGUACAAUUGUGGUGAUGAUGCUGGGACACCUAUGUCUGAAGGAGAAAUGACUGACACACCACCCUCUUUCAAUUCACAAUCUAAAGGCAAAUUGGUUGACAAAAACCCAGAUCCUACUUUUGAUGUGUGCGACAUAGAGGUUAAAAUUGCUGAUCUAGGUAAUGCUUGUUGGGUCCAUCGCCAUUUUACAGAAGAUAUACAAACUAGGCAAUAUCGAUCUCUGGAAGUUCUUUUAAGUGCAGGCUAUGGAACAUCAGCAGAUAUAUGGAGUACAGCUUGUAUGGCAUUUGAACUAGCUACUGGAGAUUAUCUGUUUGAACCCCACUCUGGUGAUGGUUAUAGUAGAGAUGAAGACCAUCUUGCACAUAUAAUAGAACUACUCGGAGAUAUUCCCAAAAGGAUUGCGGCAUCUGGUAAAUAUUCCAAAGUUUUCUUUAAUAAAAAAGGUGAGCUGAGGAACAUAACAGGGUUAAAGCCAUGGGGACUGGUAUCUGUCCUCACUGAUAAAUAUGAAUGGAGUCAAAAGGAUGCAGAAGAGUUUGCAGAUUUCUUGAAGCCUAUGUUAGAUUUUGAUCCUAAUCGUCGUGCCACUGCCUAUGAGUGCCUUCAGCACCCUUGGUUGAAGAAAACACAACCAGAACAAAAAGAUUCUGAUGAA